AUGCUCCCCGAGUCGCCCCCCCGCGCCUGCUUUUGGGGCUGGUCUGGUGUCUGGGACAAGAAUAGCCACGGAGGGCGCCGUACAGCUCCAGGUCGCUUUUUCCUCCUCGCCUGGACGAACUUCCCCCCUAACCCAACCAGAAUCUCUCUGCGAGCGCUGGGGACGAGGCCGCGCUCAUCGUCUCUCGUUCAGUUCCUGGGACUUCCAUUCGUUCUCGCGGCGUGUCUUUGCGCGUCGCUUCUCGCAAUCGGUACGACUUUGUCCAUCGCGCCUGUUUCCAUCGCGAGCUGCGUCGUCUGUUCCAAUUUUCGCUCUAUCCGAAACGGUUCCGCUGGGCUCGUGUCGCUCGCUGCCACCGCCUCUACUUUCGCUUACCUCUCUGCUGAGCGCCUUAUUCCUACCCUUGGGAACCAUCGAUCGUUUGCGUCUGCCUGUGCUGCCUCGAUCGAUUUCCCCCUCUUGGCCCCGAGUUCGACUGUCGCUUAG